CUAGCCUCAAGAAAAGGGGCGAGAAAAGCGAAAGAACCGGCGCGACGUCUCCGCAAUUCUUCAUCUUUUGCUGCAAGAAUUCCGGCUCGAACUUGAAGGCUUCUGCUGGUUGGAAUUAGAGGCUUUUGAGGCGAUUAAGUUGGCAGAGGAAAGACUUGAUUUUUAUUGAAUGCGCCAAGAUUAGGGCUUGAAUUCUUUCAGCGGAGGGUUGGUUUUUGUAUCUUUUUCCAGGGUAACGCUGGUUCUUGAUAGCUAUCUGGAUUUUAGCCCCCAGUUGGGAGCCACCCCCUCAGUGGUCCUGUCACGGAUCGCUGGGGGUGGAGGCUAGUCUCAGUCUUCCUCGGCCUCUGGAAUAUUAUCUCAAGGCGAUUGCCGGAGUCUAGCCCCAGUGAACUCCAUGUCAGGGACCGGGCGAUCUGGUCUCGGUCUGGCCUCUGGAGACAUGAACCAUGGGGUUCUCAACAGUGCUGCAAACUCCUCUGGGCCCAGUGUCGGUGCAAGCUCGCUGGUUACGGAUGCCAGCUCGGCACUCUCUGGCAAGCCUCAGCUACAGAGGAGCGCCAGCAUCAACACUGAGUCCUACAUUAGGCUACCUGCCUCACCUAUGUCCUUCACAUCAAACAACAUAUCAGGUUCCUCUAUGAUGGAUGGUUCCUCCAUUGUGCAGCAGAGUCCGCACCAUGACCAGGUGCAGAAUCAAGUGGUGUCCAGUGCAAUGUCUCAGCCGACAGCUCAGGAGGUGGGUGAUUCAUUGAAUGCCCAGAAGAAACCACGCCUUGAUAUGAGGCACGGGAGUAAUUAUCAGCAGCCGGUAAUCCAGAAGCGUAUGCAGACGCAUGAGCCAUUGCAGCUGCAGGGGCAUCAGAAUCCAGAAUUACAGGCUAUGAUACAACAGCAGAGGUUAGCACAGCGUCAAGCUCAGCAGCAGCAAUUGCUGCAAUCCUUUCCACAGAUACAGCAAGCCCAGACAGCCCACCAACAACAACAUCAGGUGAGACAACAUCAGCAGCAGCAGACAAUGCAGCCAGUUACCCUUGCAAAAUGCCCCACGGAUGGAGGGAUAUGUGCUCGCCGUCUCAUGCAAUACAUGUAUCAUAAGCGUAAUCGACCAGCUGAUAAUUCCAUACAUUAUUGGAAGAAAUUUGUGAUGGAGUAUUUUGCACCACGAGCUAAGAAGAGAUGGUGUUUGUCGUUGUAUGAUAAUAUAAAAAGCAACCAUGACGUAGGUGUUUUCCCACAAGCUAGUAUGGGCGCAUGGCAAUGCAGCAUCUGUGGUUCUAGAUCAGGAAAAGGAUUUGAGGCAACUUUUGAAAUACUUCCAAGGCUUUCUCAUAUUAAAAUUGAUAGUGGGGUUAUUGAUGAGCUACUAUUUCUCAGCAUGCCCCAUGAACGCCAGUUGCCUUCAGGAAUAAUGGUUUUGGACUAUGCAAAGGUUGCUCAAGAGGGUGUUUAUGAACAUUUACGUGUUGUUCAUGAGGGACAACUCCGAAUCAUAUUCACAGCAGAAUUAAAAAUUUUGUCUUGGGAGUUUUGUAUACGACACCACAAUGAGUUUCUCCCUCGAAGGGUGUUAGCACCUCAGGUAAGCCAGUUGUUGCAUGCUGCACACAAGUAUCAAACUGCUGUAGCUGACAAUGGUUCUGCUGGAGUCUUACACCAAGAUUUCCAAGCCACAUGCAACAUACUUGUUCAAACAACCUGUCAGGUGGCAAAAAAGCUGGAAUUACCAUCCUUAAAUGAUUUAGGAUUUUCAAAAAAAUAUGUGCGAUACUUGCAGAUGUCUGAGGUGGUAAAUAGCAUGAAAGACCUGAUCGAUUUUAGCCAGGAGCACAAGAUUGGACCCUUAGAGAGCUUCAAGAAUUAUCCUCAACAGGUUGCUGCAAAGCUUCAAAACCCAAAGAUUCAGGAACCAGAGCAACCGAUGACUGCUCAUGGUCUGCCAGCUGAUCAGAGUUCCCUGAGUAAAAUCAUUGGCAUUCAUCCUGGGAGAAGCAGCAACAUGAACAACGCAAUUGCAGCGAGCCGAGUUCACAAUAACAUCCCGCAGAGCUCCGUGGCUGGGAACAACUAUCAGAAUUUACUGAGGAACCAUGUGAACACAAGCCAAAAUGAAUUUCUGCGGGAAGCAUCAAGUACCAUCAAUGCCCCCAACCAUGCAAAGCCUGGGCAAUUUCAAGGCUCUGUUUCUUCACUUCUGACAAACAUGUCUGUUAAUGGUUUAGCAGGCGGACAUCAACAGCAUGUAUUGAGUGGUACCUUGCAUCAGCAGAAUAACCUGCAGCCUUCACAGGUGAACCAGAACUUGGAGCAACAUGUAAUUCAGCAGUUGCUGCAAGAGGUGUUCAAUAACAGAGGAACACCGCAACAGGCUGUUGGUGGCCCUAAUGCAAAUGGUAACAUGCUAACUGGUGAAGGCUUUGGCAGUGGCAUCACUGGCACAGGAGUUUUGCCGGCAAGGAUGAAUGUUGGGUCAGUCAAGAAUGGAACAGAGUUGGGGAAUAUCCCUGCCAACAUGUCCAGCAAUGCCUUGGGACCCUUACCGAGCAGGAGUAACAGUUUCAACUCUGUUGCUCGCAACCCAGCAAUUAGUGGCAACAGCCAGAAUUCAAGACCAGACUUGCCCCAAAGCAUAGAUUUGCCAGAGCUGGAUCAAAUUGCUCAAGAAUUUGCAGAAACUGGAAUAUUUAAUGGGUAUAUUAAGCAAGUGAAAAACUUGAACAUGAAGUGCUGGGUAGAUAGAAGAAUGGAAUGGUAGAUGUGGACUUACUUUUCAUUGCAGAAGAUUAUCAAAAAAGUUUCAUCUUUUUAAAUGGUGAUGAAAUCAAAGUAUGAAGGUAUGGAUCACGGUGAAAGAUGCCCACUUGCAAUAAUUUGUACUAGUGGAGAUUGAUUGCAAAGUUGUUGCAUGCCUUUACAAAGAUGUGAAGCAUCUUGCAUUGUACAUCUAUCGAGGAUGAUGGUCUGCAACUAAAUUAGCUAACAGUCUGCCACUAAAUUAGCUGCUAGGAAAUGGCAAUGGAAGUAGAAAGUAUCAAGGAAGGAGGAAACAUCGUAGUUGGAUCUCAUGUUUCUAAAGAGUGAUGCUGAAAGGGUCCCUGCAUUCCUGCUUCAAACCUGUUGAAUUCACCAUGUAGGUAGUUGCUUCUACUUAGAAUGACAUUGUUUGUAUCUAUCUUUUUAUGUAAUUUUAUCAUCAAAUUUCUUAUUAAUGGAAGACAUAGUGCCACUCAAGGAGGAGAACGCAUGCAACAGCAAACACAAUGUGCAAAUGGAAGAGCUACAUCGGAGUGUGUGAGCUUAAGGGUGGUGUAGUGGUUGAGGAAAGAGGACGAUUCAGCUCCUACCGAAUCAAAGAGAAGAUUGGGGAAGCCCCAUCUAGAUCUACCAUACCAUAGGGUGUAGGGGGAGAAGAAGGUUGCCAGGAUUGCUGUUUGUAGAAAGUGGGAGGACAAUAAUGAGAGAAUGGAGU